AGGGUUGCUGGGCUUUAGAAGAUGCAGACAUUCCCUGCAUCUUCAGUCAGUUGAUGGAAGGCGCUGAGGCAAAAUAGGACGAUCUACCAGGAACAGAGCCCUCACCAUGAAGUUUUCUUUCUCCGUCAUCUUUUUGGGAUGGUGGCUGACUGGGAAGACAUUGAAAGGACAAUCUUAUCCCAAGCCUUCCAUCUCAGUGGUCCCCAGUAAAAUUGUCCCCCUGGGAGGCAAUGCUACCAUCCACUGCAAGGUGCGCAGUGAAGACUACGAACAAGCAACAUUUAUUCUGUUCAGAGAACUGGAUUCAUCUUUGCAUGCUUCAGUAGUCAAGAAGUCAGAGUGGAACGAGGUUGCAUUUUUCUUUGCCAAUGUCAAACUAUUAGAUGGUGGGAUCUACCGAUGCCGAUACUGCUUCAACUCUUUCUCUGGCGACAGCUGCUCACAUUUAAGUGACAGAGUAAAGGUCAAGAUAAGAGCUCUGCAUUUCCCCAAGCCUUCCAUCUCGGUGAGCCCCAGUAACAUCGUCAAGUUGGGCGGAAAUGUCACGAUCCACUGUAACAGUCAAGGCUACCAAGAUGUAGAGUUCCAGCUCUACAAAAAAGUGGGUCCAUCUUUGAUUCACGUUGUAAUGGAGAAGGCCGGGCAAAAAGGGGUCGUAUUUGCUAUUGCCAAUGCCACACUAUUUCACGGAGGAAUCUACCAGGGUACAUAUUGUUUCAAGUCGACCUUCUAUGAACUGUGCUCAAAUUUCAGCAACAGCAUAUAUAUCUACAUAAGAGAUCCCAGCCUCUCCAAACCAUCCAUCAGAAUGAGACCCGAGGACCCACUUGCUGCAGGCUUCAGUGUCACCAUCGAGUGUCACGGACCAGAGAAUGGCCUGAACUUUUCUUUGCAGAAGUCCAGCAACCUAAUAGCAUGGCAGAUGGCAGAAUCGGACAGAAACACAACUGAGUUCUCUCUUUCCAUGAUCAGGUUGGAGGAUGAUGGGAAUUAUACCUGUCAAUAUCACCGCAAAGGACAUGCCUUUCAGUGGUCGGAGCCAAGUGACGCAAUGGGGCUGGAACUUGUGACAGCAAACACUUUUCCAUCCAUGGAGAUCACCAUCCGCCUGGCAGUUGCUGUCUUGGUCCUGCUCUCCUUGGUGCUGAUUGUGGCUGAGUUCAUGUGCGGCAGACAGAACGCUUCCGCUCACUGGCACCAGAGGUGCGGCAGUUACCGGAGCCUUUCCCGGAGUACCUUUGGAGCCUUGGGAGCGAGAUGUCUUGAAGGGAGUAUCAGCGUCUGUCGCUCCUUCCACAUUGAGAUCCUAUCAAAAAGCGUGGUCCGAUUUCAUGGGUUUUCGUGCGGGGAUGUCAGGGGCACCAAAGCAGUUCACAUAUGGAUGGUGGGCAAUAGUAUCGUGCACUGGGCCCGGGAGCGUGCAUCCCAGCGCGGAUGGGGUCGUAACUUGGGUCUGCCUCCUAGCGUCAAGAUAUCCUGGAUUACGAGGAGAGGGAUGCGUUGGGAUGAGUUUCUCCCGGCAGUGAAAUCCAGAGCCGCCUCGCAGGGUCCGCCCGACGCCAUGGUGAUUCAGCUCAGCGAAAACGACCUCGCCUAUCGAAAGGGCGUUGAUUUGCAAUGGAACAUAUUUGAGGACUUUAACGAAAUAGUGGCUUCUUUUCCAUCAAUGACUUUGUUUUGGUCCACGCUUUUGGAAAGGCGCACCUGGCGCGAUUGUGUUUGCCCGAUUGCAGUCAACAGAGCCAGAAAAUUGUUGGACAAGGCGGUGGCACGCCGGGUGGUGGCCCUGGGGGGGCAAGUCAUUCCUCACCCGGCGAUAAAAUUCAGCGAGGCGGCUCUUUAUCGGAAUGAUGGCGUUCAUCUCUCAGAUGAAGGAAACGAUGCUUGGCUGGCGGAUAUCGUUUUAGCUAUCAGGGUCCAAAGGUGUUGGCUGACCAGGCAGUGGCAGAUCGCUAGAGGACAGCAUUAUCAAAAGCCUUCCAUCUCAGUGAUACCAAGUCCUCAGGUCGUCCUAGGUGCAGAUUUCUAUAUCCGCUGUGAGACUAAACAUUACUCAGAAGCAACCAUCUACCUUGUCAAGGAAGGGAGUUUAGCGGCUGUGGAUUCUAAAACUGCCUCACAUUACCUGUAUACAGAUUUUCCCCUUUCUAAUGCCAAACAUGUAGAACCCAAUGGUGGGGUCUACAAGUGCAAAUAUUGCUUUAAUACAGGCAAUGAAAUGAAAUGCUCACCAUACAGCGAUAAUGUUUAUGUCAACAUAACAGGAGAGCUUUCUCCAAAGCCUUCCAUCUUUGUGAGGCCCAGUCCUCUCGUCAUCCCAGGGACACGAUUCUACAUCUACUGUACAAAUGAAUAUCGUGAACAAUCAACGUUCUAUCUCUCCAAGGAAGGGACUCCGGGGCAUUUGCUUUCUAGGAAUGAUUCAUUUGGUGCUGUAUUUGGCAUUCCUAAUGCCAAGCAAACAGAUGGAGGGAUCUACCAGUGUUCAUAUUGCUUCACUCAAGACCAAGUUCGAAAAUGCUCACAUUCCAGCGACAGAGUUUACGUCAACAUAACAGAGCAAUUCUAUCCCAAACCUUCCAUCUCAGUGAAUUCGCAUGAGUUUAUUGCCCUGGGGGGAAAUGCAACUAUCCGCUGUAAGAGUGAAGAGAACCCAAUGGCAGAAUUCACUCUGUUGAGAGAAGAUUAUUGGGGUAACCGUGAGAUCAAGAAGAUGGAACCAGGCUGCAUUUUAUUUCCCAUUCUCAAUGCUAAAGGAACUGAUGGGGGGAUCUACUUUUGUACCUAUUGCUUCCAAUCAGACUUAGACUUCCAUCAGCAAUGCUCAAACUACAGUGACAGAGUAUACAUCAACAUAACAGAUCCCUGGCUUUCUAAACCUUCCAUCACUCUGAAGCCAACACAGCAGAUUUCUCCUGGAAUGAAUGUCAGCAUUGAGUGUCAGGGGGCAAAGAGUUACGUGACCUUCUCCUUGUUCAAAUCAAACAACCUGAUAGCAUCACAGAAGACAGAAAGCGACAGAAAUGCAACCAAGUUCUUUUUCUCUGAAGUGAGGUUGGAGGCUGGAGGGAGCUACACCUGCCGAUAUCAACAAACAGGAUACUCCUUUCUUUGGUCAGAGUCAAGUGACCCCAUGGAACUGGUUGUGACAGCUUCUCCCAAACCUUCCAUCUCAGUGAGCCCAGGUGAGGUGAUUGCUCUGGAAGGAAAUGCCAAUAUCCUCUGUAAGACCAAAGAACAGCAAGAAGUAGAAUUUACUCUACACAUAGAAAAUUCUUCAAAUACUUACAAAAGCAAGAAGAUGGGAUUGGGUGAAGUUCUAUUUCCCAUUAUCAAUGCCAAGGAAUCAGAUGGGGGCACCUAUCGCUGUAGUUAUUGCUUAAAGUUGAAGAACACUCAAGCAUGCUCAGACUACAGUGAUGAAGUACACAUCAAAGUAACAGGUGGACAUUCAAUAGCCAUGUGGGCAGGCAUUGCUGCCGGAGUUUUCUUUUUGGUCCUCCUCCUGCUGAUCCUUGCUUUUGUAUUGUCCAGGAAAAGGAAAAAGGGUUCCGUGGCCAAUGAAAGAACUCAGCCAACAAACAUACCCUUGCAGUCUGAGCCUGAAGAAGACCCUGAUGGAGUUUCCUAUGCUGUACUGAGCCACAGUUCAUUGAAAACCAAACCAGCACCCGAUGAUGAUGGCAUCCCUGAGUCGUGUACUUAUGCAACGGUGGCCCAGCACAGAACCAAGGAGGGCCAAUAAGCAGGAUCUCUUACAGUGCAGAGACUUCUGGGACCUUUGCUUAUCCCCGAGGGUUAUGGACAUUUUGCUUAUUUCUAGCUUCCACGACAUGGGAGACGAGUUUCAUAAGGUGGCCUUAUUCACGGAAAGAAACUAUUGCUCACAGCUAAGAACUGGGCAGGCCAUGCAUGAUGAAUUUAAAAAAGAU